AUGAUAAGACCUCCUGUGGUGUUCUUUUAUUUCCUCCUCAUCAUGAGUGAUGGCCUUGCAGCAAACAGCAAACCCCGCAGGAGUGUUUCCUUCCAAGACAUGAACUUGAAACAGUUCAAAGAGUCUGGCUUUGGCAGCUUGAGCUCUUUGAUGAUAAGAGAGGACGUCGGCCAGCUUGUGGCCGGAGCCAGAGGGAAGGUGCUCGCUCUCAGCCUGGAUGACAUCACCAAAAAGACCAGUGAGGCUAAAUGGACGGUCCGCUCAGCAGACAAAGCUCUCUGUCAAAUGAAGGGAAAGGACACGAAGGAUUGUGAUAACUUCAUCAGGACUCUACACACAAUGCAGGACGGUAAAAUGCUUGUCUGUGGGACAAAUGCUUUUACUCCUGCAUGUGACUACAUGACUUUCACAAAUGGAAAAUUGUCCUUGGAGGGAAAGAAGCUGGUGGGUCGGGGGAAAGUUCCUUUUGACCCCUACCAACGCUUUGCUUCCCUUAUGGAUGGAAACACUUUGUAUUCGGCCACUUCCUCCAACUUUCUGGGCACAGAACUGGUGUUUCAGAGACAUGAACCAAACCCUCUCAAGACUGAAAUGAAACGCUCCUGGUUCAACGAGCCAACAAUGAUCUCCAUAAGCCUUGCAGAAGCAAGCAAAAAUAGCAUGGACGGUGAAGACGACAAUGUCUUCUUGUUCUUCACUGAGAGCGCUGUAGAGGAACGUCAUGACAACAUCCAGGUGUCGAGGAUUGCCCGUGUGUGUAAGGGUGAUUUGGGAGGCAAAAUGACCCUGCAGAGAAAGUGGACUUCUUUCCUGAAGGCCCGUUUGGACUGUCCAUUCGGUGAUGCUGGCUCACCAGCUCUGGUCCAGGAUGCUUUCCUUCUCCGAAACCAGAAUAACUGGAGGAACAGCAUCUUCUAUGCCACAUUCACCUCCAACUCGGAGUCCUCAGGUGCUUGUAGCUUGUCUGCUGUCUGUGCAUACAAGCUGUCAGAAAUCAGCCGUGUGUUCAGCGGGAGGUUUUUGACUGAGAGAGAUACUGGGAGCUGGGACACAUACACAGGAGAGGAGCCGUUCCCUCACCCUGGUUCAUGCAUUAACAAUGAACUGCGGGCUCAGGGUGUGAUGACCUCUCUGGAUCUCUCAGACAAAACCUUGCUGUUUGUGAAGAACCAUCUUCUGAUGGAAGCGGCCGUCACACCCAUAGCUGGCAAACCUCUGCUGGUCCGCACAGGGACACGGUUUACCAAAAUUGUUGUUGACCAAAUCACAUCACCGGACGGACAACGGCAUCAAGUUAUGCUUAUUGGCACAGACUCAGGCUGGCUGCAGAAGGCGGUGAGGUUUGAUGGCGAGGACGGCCGCAUCAUUGAGGAGCUGCAGCUGUUUCAAACUCCUCAGCCUGUUAGCUUUCUCCAGUUCUCCUCAAAAACAGGCCAGCUGUACAGUGGCGCCAAUACCGUUGCUGUUCAGGUUAAUGUAAGGAACUGCAGCUGCUACACAUCAUGUGAUGACUGUCUUCUUGCUAGAGACCCGUACUGUGGCUGGGACAACAUCAGGAGACAAUGUGCAUCAGUUGUUGGUGCACCACUUGGGUCUAUAAUACAGAGUUUGACCAAUGGAGAUGUCUGGAUGUGCCCGAUGUCUGAGUUGGAAAAGAAACCUGCUGUUGUCCACCUCAUCACCGAGACAGCUCAGUUCCUCCCAUGCUACCCUGAAACUAACCUCCCGAUCAGCUGGCGUUUCUCUGACAGCAUCCUCCCUCCUGGUCCCCGUCACACUGUCCUCAGCCAGGGUCUCAUCAUCAGACCCUCCUUCUCUGACUCUGGCAUUUACACCUGUGAGACGGUAGAGAUGGUGAAGGGUCGAGUGCACCGGAGGAUUGUGGUCCAGUACUUCGUCCAGGCUCAGGACACUAACGCACUCAUCAGGACGAUGAAGGCAGCUGUGAUCACUCUGGCUGUUUUCACCUGCGUGCUGAUGUUGCUCAUAUGCAACGCCCCCGUGAUCAGAGAGCUAAAGGCAAGAAAACUAAAUCACAUCGGUUUUGGCAAUGAAAUCAACAACAACAACAACAACAACACCAACACCAACAACGCCAACAACUGUAUGAUCACUGUGGGGCUUUUCUGUCAAGGUGACCAGACUGUGGACCGACACAUGGAGGAAGGGCUGGUAUACUGUGACCAGGCAGAGGAGCAAAAUUAA